AUGUUUCAAAUAUACAAGUUUUCCUCCAAGUUGAUCCCGUGGAGCAAAGCGCUUUGGGAUUUCUUGCCUGCUGUGAUCCAGAAGCAAAUCUUCAAUCCUUCCGAAUCGCGCGGAAGCUUCCAACACCACGCGAUUUCGACGGAAGUUAUGAUGGGCGAUUUGGUGAAGAAGGAGCUGCAGCGUCAUAAGGAAGAGGGAAGCUACAACAGGCACUUCGAUUAUCAGACUCACUUCCUCGGCUAUCAGGCUCGAACCUCGUUCCCUUCUCUGUUCGACUGCGACUAUGCGUAUGCUUUGGGACGAGAGGCAGCCGCAUUGAUUCAGUACAAUCUCACCGGAUAUAUAUAUAUAUAUAUGGCGACAUUGCGGAAUCUGAAGGAGGAACCGUCGGAAUGGAUUCCCUAUGCGGUGCCUCUUCUGGACUUCUGCACCGUGGAGGCAAAGCAGGGAGUGUAUCGUCCCUCGAUCCCUGAAUCGAACGUGAAUAUGAACGAUGCUCCGUUCCUGAGGUUCGUGGCUCAUUGUGACAAAUGGGCUGUGAAGGACGAAACCUGCAACCCGGGAUCGGUCCAGUUCGGAGGAGCUGGAAGCUGGAACACGACGCUGUCGCUGCAGAUCGAAAAGCACGACUAUUUGAAGCGAAUCCAGCUGCUUCGUGAUGAACUGAAGGCUGUGGAGAAGAUUUGCCUGCCUGGAUGCGAUGCGUUGUUGGUAUAUUCUGCGAUUGCUGGAGUGGAGGGAGUGAUUGAGCUACGGGAAAAUGGUAUCAAGAAGAAGAUUUAAGCAGUGAAGUGGAUGAAUAAAAGAACUUAACAAAGAAACAAAGAAACAAAGAAACAAAGAAA